AUGAAAUCAGGGACAAACCCCGACACAGAGGAGGCGUUAGGGUGGCAAAUGGAGAAAAGCCUAAAACACAGAAAGGGGAAAAAUAAAUAUACAGAUGAGGUACUGUUAGAACAUCAUGGGGUGGAUGAUAUUGAAAGGGGCGAAGCUGUCUUGGCGAGCGGGGUGGCGGACGUGGGCAAAGGGGGAAGCAACAACCAGCGAAUGGGAAAAAGAAAAGUGGCGGAAAAGGUGCAGAAGGUCGAAAAGACGGAAAAAAAGGAUAGAAUCGAUCACGGCAACCCGCGCAGAAGCCAAAGCGCUAGCAGCUUGGGCUCAUCGAUCAUGUCGGCGGCCCGAUCCAAAGGAAACAACAACCAGGUUAGUAGCGACCUAAGUAGCGAUCUUAGUAGCGAGGUUAGCAGCGAAGUUAGAAAGGGCACCCCCGAGGGCUACGAGUACGACCUUGGAAUAGACAACGACGUGGAGAACGAAAUGGAUGACGAGUACGACGAUGACAUGAAUAGUCACAUGGACGACGCGCAGUUUGACGUGUGCAACUCCAGGGACUAUGAAAAUGAACUGGAGGAAAACAACACAAAAGGGGAAGAGAUCUUAAAGAAGAGCCUGAGGGAGAACUCGGCCUACACAGACACGGAAGUCUCCUACAUGAGCGAAAUGAGCAGAAGCAAGCUAGACGCGAAAAAUGACUGCUGCUGUUGUUUCGCGAGGAGGGGGAAGAAUUACAGCAGGGUCGAUCUGAACCAUUGCGGUGAUGCGAACCAUUUCGGAGGGGCAAAAAGUGAGCAUAACAUAAACCGCGAAUCUGGGAGUCAAAGCCAGAGGAGGAAGAAAAACGCGAGCAGCGAGCUGAAGAAUAUAGAUUGGUUAAUCUACACCAUAAGAUACAUGGAUUAUAGACGCCUUCGAAGAAGAUUCAACGGAAUAAGGAAGCCAAUUUCGAAAAGAAUUGUCUUCAUUAUAACCAUUUUCUGUUUAAUCCUCAUCUCGUGGAAGUAUUUCAAGACGUCCUAUGAGAACAGCAUGCUUACAAUUAGCUUCAAAGUUCAGGCGUCCUUUUUAUUUUUUGUAGAGGCUGCAUUGGUAAUCAUCGGAGUCAUAAUUUUUGCAAAGUUCCAGACGAGGCUGAGUUUACACUGGCCUAUUUACGCCUCCUACAUAUUCAUAAUCUGCGCAUGCAUUUUGUUAAUAUUCUAUGAGAAGGACGAAAAUGAUAAAAUCUCCAGAGGGGAACACAUCUUAAUAAUCUAUGGACUAGUUCAGUUGUCCCUAAUAAUUAUAGUGAAAAUUAUUAUUUGCAUCGGCCCCCUUCUAGCUAUCUAUGGCUUUUUCUGCCCAUGUACAGAGCACUGUCGAAUUUUAAAGAAGAAGAUAUCAACGAAUAAGUUAAAUAUAACGGUCAGUCGAUACAACGAUUUCGCAGGGAUCUGUGGAAAUAACUUCUGUUGCUUCUGUCUCUGUGCUUAUCGAUCUUUCUAUCGUAUUGUAGACUGUUUUUAUAAAAAGUUUUCCAGUCUGCGUUUCAAAAUGACAAAUGAUAAUAUCCAUGAGGCCCCUUUUAGUCACCAGCUAAGGUAUAAGGGGAAGACUGACAUAUAUGGUCGACCACAUGGAUACGGAGAAUGGAUUGAAGAUCAUUCCUAUGGAGAGAAGCUAAGAGGUUUCUGGUUCCAUGGGUACCCAGUAGGUCCUUUUAUAUCACAGGAAGUUGGAAGUGGAUCUUUAUUCGUUAAUACAAGAGUUGGCUUCGCCGCCUGUGUAGGAAAAGAUUGGUCGGAUGUACGAUAUGGCGUCUCCUGCACAGAAUGCUCCAUCAGUGGCCACUUUUUCAAUGACUUUCCAUUGACCUACUUUUUUAAUCCCAAAAUUGAGAAGGAUGCCAAUGGAAGACUGCCAACCAAUAGGUAUGAUAUCAUUGUAAAGGACAUUUUAAAAGAAAAUUAUGAGGACAUUUUAGGUUACGAUUUGAAGUGGUGUUUUAAUAUGCUAAAGGUUAAUAGCAGCACCACAACGGAGUAUUUUUCCAACAACUGUAUGAUUUCGAUUGACCAUGUGACGAUGAGCUUGAAGGUUCAUAAUUACAAACGCCUGGCACCUGUCAAGAGGAGGAACAAAACCAUACUGGAUGAGAUUACCGUCAAGUUGGUACACCUCCCGAAAGUGAAAAAGGGGAAAAAAAUUUACAAAAGGGAUUAUUCAUAUCGUUUUAUCGGAAGUGGAAACAACGCUGUGCUGUAUAGCAGAGGGGGGAAGCACGAUGAAAAGGUGAAGGGCCAAGAAGGUGAAGAAUUUUUUUACUCCAACCAAAACAAAAUUCAUAACAGUAUUAAGAAGGUAUGUGCACCUGGGAACCAGAGCUAUGCGAGUGAGCUGAAGGAGGACAGUCACCAUUCUUACUACACUCAUAAGCUGUCAGAGAAGCUGCUGGACUCUGUAAAUGAUGACAUUUAUUUGUACAAAAUGAAGAAAUCGAUAAAGUCGACGGAGAUACACAAGGCGCCGUACGUUUUCGAUCACAGUGAGAACAGCACCAGUCCUGAUGAGGACGCGAAAAUGGGCCCACACCGGAUCGGCCGAUCUCUCAACAGUCAACAUUGUUUUGUUCCUCCCCAUCGGAGCAACUAUUAUAGCGAAAAGGGCAAAUAUCAUAAUAGCCACAUGGGCGGAGAUGGUGGGAGUAGCAUCGGCAGUGGCAGCUCUCCCCAAGUGCAUUUCCGCAGAAGACAUGACCAAACAGGGGAACUUCCAAACGAACGAGAGCAGAGGCGUAGAGUGGAAAAAUCAACCCGUAGAGGAUGUCAUGUCCCUCCGCAUGUCAACCUCUUCACGGAGGAUAGCGCUACGAAAAGUAACUCCUCCUUUUGCCGAAAGGGUGACACGUUUGUUGUUAAUAUAAACGGCUUCGGAAGUGACAGGCGCCGAAGUGGGGGGCGAAGCACCCAUAGUUUAGUUGUCUGCCCACGGGGAAGCAGCACACCUAAGAAGGAGAAAAGGAAGAAGCUGCGAAGAAGGGAUCCGCUCUGUGGGAGUGCCCCACAUGGGGAAGAGAACGCAUACAUGGAGGAUCCUUCUCUUUAUAGCGAAGGGGAAACCGGAAACGAACGCGUAAACCAACACGAAGGGUUCAAGUGCAGAGAAAAGGAACUACUCUGUGACAACGUCUUGCGUGCGAAGUUUAGGGAGCACCACGCCGUGGGGCUGCAAAAGGGGGGGAGCAAUGAAAAGGGGGAAAAGUUGCGUAGGGUGAGGCAAUCAAGUGAGGGGCGACCAAGUGAGAGGCGACCAAGUGAGAGGCGGCCAACUGAGAAGCGACAAAACAAACCAGAUGUAGGAAAGGACACUCCUUUGUGCGCUACGGUAAAUGAAGCCAAUAACGUGCAGGUGAGCGAAUCUGACGGGAUAUACCCGAAAGACCAAGGAGAAGGAGAAAAAAAGAAGAACAACAAAAACAAAGUUACCCUACCGAAUGAGCAGGAGAAGAAGUUCGAAUCGGACACAAACCAAAGUAAGGGCACCCUGAAUGAAAGAAAAAGUGACAAACUGAAAUGGAAAGAAAAAACAGUUAACCCAAAGGAUACAUCAAGUGGAACAUCAAAUUUUGGAGAAAAGAAAGGGAUAUUCAUUUCCGACGUUUUUAAAUCUUUUAUAAAAUCCGGAAUAGCCAGGAAUUCAAGAAACAAAAAUGUGAAGAAUAAUUCCAGUGAAGACAUAGAAAAUAGCAAGAAGAAAAUGUAUACGAAUAAAAGAAGAAAGAAUAAAAAAUCGAAAAGGAGUUAUUCAAAUGUGAAUAAAGGAAACAAAGAGAUUUACAAGAAGACAAUGAAAAAAGUAAGUGUCCACAGAAUGAAAAAUUCAAAGAUAAAAGGAUUUGUAAAAAAGGACACCAGAUCGUACCGAAAGGGUCCUAUCUAUAUAACUUCCAAUAACAAAAAAAUCGCUAAGUUCAUUCGAUCCAAGUACAAUAAUAGCAGUAAGAACACACAAAUAAUAAGCACCUUGGGGGAUACCGUGAAAAGUAUCAAUGAAUCCUUUGGCAGUUUGAAUGGUGGCAAUUUGUCAAGUUAUAAUAUGAAGAGGAAUAAAACCAUUGCGCAGGUGUUCGCGGAGGAAGAUGAAUGGGAAAAUUAUCGCCAUCAACACAAGGAAAAGAUUAUUGUGGAAGGUUGGCAAUCAUUAUCUUUAAAACAGAAUUUGAAUUUUAUGCCAGACGAAAUUGUUAUAUAUAUACAUGGAUACAAUGUGAAGUUACAUCAUGGAUGUUCUCAGUUGGCUCACUUGGUUUCUUUUUCGAAGCUACCGUCCUAUAUCCAACCGUUUGUUUUUCACUGGGAAGGCUACAUGUGGGGUGCGUUUUCGGCUCUGUCCUACCCCGUCGCGAAGAAAAGAUCCGAGAUGGCAGUUUUGGGAAAUUCUUUCAAAACAUUUAUACAGGAGAUUAUAAACUCGGGCAUUAAGAAUGUGCAUCUGAUAAGUCACUCGUGUGGUUCCAGGCUCUUUUUUAACGGGUUCGCUAGCUGCGUCGAGGAUAACCUGUUUUAUAACGUACUGAAGAAUGAGAAGUCGGCGGGGAAGAAGGGGGAUCCCGCUGCGACUGGGGCGAAUCGCACUGCGGGUAACGACCAUGUUAGCAAGAUCAGCCAUGUGAGCGGUAUUAGCGAUGUGAGCGAUGUUAGCGACGUUAGCGAUGUUAGCGGUAUUAGCGAUAUUGGCGAUCUUAGCGAUAUUAGCGGUGUUAACGUCAUUAGCGGCAUUAGCGGCGGUGACGGAAAUGGGAAGAGCCGCGUGGGGGCCAGUGCGAUCGGACGCUCGCCAGGCAAGAAACGGAAAAAAAAAAAGAACAAGCAAAUCAUAGUCAAAACGGUUAUUUUAUUGAACCCAGAUUACCCGCUGAACAAGUUCCUAGAAAAGGACUUUUUCGUUCUGAGGAGCCACUGCAACCACAUCGUAAUGUACGGAGACACGAGGGAUCAGGCACUGACCUACUCUGAGACAUGGAAUCGAGAAAAGUGCCUGGGAAAGAGGAUUUUCAAGCUGAAGUUACCCCUGUACAAAAUAUACAAUUGCGAAGAUUACAUGAAUUUAAAUUUAGACCGCAGUAAUUUCCUCACGGGCAAUUACGAGGACAAGUACAAAAUGUGUGAUAGCGUUUUGUUCCCAAGUUCGUCGUAUGUGCAGGAAAAAAUGAAGUUGAAGCAGAGGCAGGCAAUCGAGGAGCCGUUUGACAGGGGUGAUGGGCAAUACGAGAAAGCGAAAGAAAAUGAAAGAGAAGAAGAAAGUCAGGCACAAAAUAAAUCUACCAAUACUAAUGCAAACACCAGUGGGAAUGACCAGCACGUCAGUAAAACCAUUCGUAAGACAUCCACAUAUGACUAUGAUGAAGGUGCCUCGUGUAUUUCUGAAGACCUAGCGCCGAAUUACCUGAAUGAAAAUUUUCUCAAAACGGUGGAGUUUAGUGACUCCAGUUUAAGGGCCUUUACAUCCAAAAGGAGGUUUAAAAUAUCUAAGGCCUUUAAAAAGAUUAAAAGAAAAUGGUUAUUCAAAAAUAAGAAGGAGAACAUUUAUUUUCAUCAAAACUCUAUUAAUACUGCUAAUAAUAUGAAAAUGAAAGAAAAGGUGUCUAAAACCUCCGCUCUGACGUGUAAAAAAACAGACACUGUUUAUAUUUCCUUUGAUAAAUAUGCUUGGCUAGACAUGGAUGUGAUUGACACAACUUUCGUUGAAACGAAUGUGGAUUUUUUAAAGCAUUCUUUUUAUCAGGUAAAAAGAGAAAUUAUCGAUGACAUACGGGAGGUACUGAUAUCGAAUAUACGUGCGCACGAGCGUGUCAGCCGCUUGGACAGACGGAGAGGCAACGUCUUUGUGCUCCGCGUAGCUCCAGCCGGGGUUGGCAGCCUGCAUCGGUAA